GAGUGAGCGACCGACGAGUCAGGGAGGGUCUCCUAUGAAAAGGCCUAGAGUGGACUCGGGGAGGGGUCAGGGGGUUAACAGGAGAGAAGGCGGUGGCGAGGCUGUGGUCCAAGAAGGGCAUCACUUCCACAGCAAGAAUAAGUUGGCUAGAGCUGUUGGUUCUGUAAAUGAGGAGUGUACAGUAUUCAUGUCGGGCCUCCCCUUUACAACUAAGGAGAGUGAUAUUGAGAAUGCACUCAGUGAGGCAGCAGCAGCAGCAGCUGUGGAGGAGGUCGCCUCCCAGCAGGAGGUCGCUGAUCAGGACAACUCCGGUAAACCUUCGAGGGACAGCGUCCUCCCGCUGAAGCCUACAGCCAUUCGGCUGGUCAGAGACCGCCUAGGCCAUCUGAAGGGCUUCGCUUACGUCGACUUUGCAUCCCAUAGUCAAGCCCAGCGGGCAGCCACUUUGAUGGACAAGAAAGUCCUGCAUGGCAACAAAAUAUUUGCUCGGAUAUCCCGUCCGACCAAGCCACUGUUCGAGCCGACUACUCUGGUCAUGGCACCGGAGGAGGCCGCAGACCAAUCUGAGGUCUCACUGGACGCCUCCAGGAUCCUGGCUGCCCUCCAUAGUGUGGGGUGCCCUGGGGAGAGUGUCACCUAUCCUCGGAACCCGGAUGCACACCUCUGCUAUGUGCACUUUGGCAAACCUGAGGAGGCUGACAAGUGCCUGGCCUUGGAGAGUCUACGCCUGGAGGGUGAUGAUGGUCCAGUGUUGAGGAUAGAAAGGAGCAUACCGAAGAAGGCCCCCAAUAUGGGGUCUAAGGCCCCACAGCCGAAGGACAAGAAGGCGUUAUUGGAAUAUAAGACGUCAGGCAAACGAGAACGGACACUGUUCGUCCAGAACUUGUCCUUUGAAACGGACGAGAAUACCCUACAGAGCUUCGUCGGGUGGUCUAUGGCCGAGCAAGGCCUGGUGACAGCAUGCCUCAUAGUUCGCAAUAAGAGAGGUAAAUCCAGAGGAUUCGCCUAUCUAGAGCUGGCCACCAAGGAGGCCGCUGAGAAGGUCGCCGAGGCCAUCAAUGGGUGUGAGCUCAACGGUCGUGCUAUAAAAGUGUCCCCCAGCGACCGGCCCAUAACUAGCAAAGCCCAUCCUAUGGACGGUGUGGAACCCCAGCCUGCUGCUACUAUGAAGGAAGCACAGCCAGCUGUGGAGGAAGCGAGUCAGCAGCAGCAGCAGGAGCAGCAGCCUCCCAAGGCUAUGAUGAGCAACUCGGACUUCAGGGCUUGGCUGCUCGGUGGUUCCAGUUGA